AUGGCUGUGAUGCUUUAUGGCUCUCUCCAUUCCACAUGCACCCAGCGAGUGAUCCUCGUACUGGCUGAACUGGGGGUCAAAUAUGAAUUUACAGACAUCAAGCUUCAAGAAGGGGAACACAAGGCAUGUCGAGAUUAUGUGAGCUCCUAUCAUCCUUUUGGACGCAUCCCGGUUCUCGGCGACAAAGGACUAAGAAUCUUUGAAUCAAGAGCCAUUUGUCGGUAUCUUGUCGCGAAAUACGGUCGUAAUAGCGACUUGUACCUUGAAACGGAUCAAUCUCCUGAGGACGUCGCUCACUACGAAUUGGCAUCUAGCGUCGAGAACUCCUACUUUGACCCAACCAUGAAGUCUCUCGCAUUCGAGAAAAUCUUCAAGAAGUUCAUGGGUUUCGGUGAUCCCAACCCGGUUGAAGUCUCGAAGUUGACGGACCUCCUUCACACAACUCUAGACUAUUACGAACAGAUUACGUCUAAGAGUAAUUUCCUGGCUCAAGAUAAAUUCUCACUCGUUGAUUUGUACCACAUGCCAUGGAUUCACUUCUUGUCCAAGUUGGAUUUACAGGAAGAGAUAUCUGCGAGGCCCUCUUUGAAAGCUUGGUGGGAGCGAGCGUCUAGCAGGACAGCCUGGCGAGACUUGGUGGCUCGUCUGUAG